AAAUGGUGGCCAAAAUCAAGAAAAUGGUGAAAAGAGGUGAUAGUCGGGGGCGAGAAAACAACUACGACAACGACGAUAGGAGUGAAGAUAAAUAGAGGUGCUCGAUCGUUCCGGAAAUCUUCAUCCUCGCUCCUCUACAGCACGAACACAUCAGCAGCUCCAGCAGUCUGAACCUCUUCUCAAACUCGUUAAAUCCACCAUUUCAAUUCCACUUCACCACCACCUCUCAAAAUGAAGGCCAUCUUCACCAUCUUUGCCAUCGGCGGACUCAUCACGAGCGCCAUCGCCAACCCCAUCGCCGUCUCCGAGAGCCUCGAGAAGCGCCAGGACUACGAGGCGCUAGGCGCCAGCCUCACAACGCUUCUGGCCAACAUCCAGGAGCAGACCGCCAUCAUCAACUCGACUCUGGACGCCGUCCCAGAGAACCCGACCGAUGCCCAAGCCACCGCAGACGCAUCCCAGAUCGCGCCCCAACUCCAGGCCAUCACGGACCUCCUGACAGCCGCCAACACGACCGUCGUCAAGCGUGCUCUCGUCGAGGCGCGCUUCGGCAAGCCGGACCUGUUCAAGACGCUUUCGAUCAUCAUCUUCGAGGUUCUCUUCACCGUCAAGAAGAUUCUCUACAAACUUGGCCUCGCCAAGGUCGUUCACUACCUCACCCCCCUCGCUUUCGCUCUCAAGGGCCUCGUCUUCAGCCUCGACCAUGUCGUCGGCGGUGUCCUCUUGGCCGUCGGGGGUAUUACUAAUGAGCUGCUCAAGGCUGUUGGUCUUGCUCUCAUUGGUCUAUAAGUCUAGUAUGAAAGACCAGCCGCAAUGGUGACAGUUGAAGUGG